AAGUGCAGCACCAGCAGCAGCAGCAACAUCUGGCAAAGAUGACCUCCGGCAACAUGAUGAACAAGAUUGUCUUCUACGAGGAGAGGAACUUCCAGGGCCGCUCUUACGAGUGCAUGAGCGACUGCCCCGACAUGUCCUCCUACAUGAGCCACUGCCACUCCUGCAGAGUGGAGAGGGGCUGCUUCAUGGUCUAUGACCGCACCAACUUCAUGGGCAACCAGUACUUCAUGAGGAGGGGCGAGUACGCCGACUACAUGAGCAUGAUGGGCAUGAGCGACUGCAUCAGGUCCUGCCGCAUGAUCCCCAUGCACAGAGGCUCCUACAGGAUGAGGAUCUACGAGAGGGACAACUUCCAAGGUCAGAUGCACGAGCUGAUGGAGGACUGCGACAACAUCAUGGACCGCUACAGCAUGUCCAACUUCAUGUCCUGCAACGUGAUGGAGGGCCACUGGCUGAUGUACGAGCAGCCCCACUUCAGAGGAAGGAUGUGGUACAUGAGGCCCGGAGAGUACAGGAACUUCAUGAACAUGGGCAUGAGUGGCAUGAGGUUCAUGAGCAUGAGGCGCAUCAUGGAUUCCUGCUACUAGACAAUGACUUAUGAU